AUGGCUGAGGUGACAGCAAGAAAUAGAAGCAGCAGCAGCAACAAAAAGAAGGGUUUAAGUGGUGGCAUUUUGAAGCUCAAGAUUCUGUUGGAAAAGCUUCAUAAAGUUGUGUUAUUACUAGUAGGUAAAAAUAAUAAACCAAGCUCAUCAUCUGUGAAAGAAGGCCAUUUUGCUGUGAUUGCUACUGUUGAAGGACCAAAGAGGUUCUUGGUGCCAUUGAGGUGUUUGAGAAACUCUACAUUCUUGAGUUUGUUGGAGAGAGCAGCUGAAGAGUAUGGUUUUGAUCAGCAUGGUGCAAUUACCAUUCCUUGCAACCCUAGUGACAUUGAGACCUUACUGGCUCAUCAUCAAGUGGAGAAAGAGGAAGAUGAAAAAUAA